AUGGCGGCCUCCAUCUCAAGUUCUGCGUCUCAUAUCACUAUCGAGCCUCCGAAGAACGCGGGAGUGGAAGUAACCACGGCGCCUACUCCGUCGCCAGCAGACAAAAAUGAGAAUGGAUCGUCGACCUACAGAGCGGACUUCCUCAGUACCUUUACACCGGAAGAAGAGAAGAAAAUAAUGCGCAAAGUUGACUAUCACAUUCUGAUGCUAUUCGGACUCAUUUAUAUGGUCAAGCAGAUCGACGUAAACAAUGCCUCAGCCGUCAAAGUCAUGGCCGUCGGAAAGCCGACCAACAUCCUCAAACAACUCCACAUGACUGCCGAUCAGUACAACUGGGUCCAAUCAAUCUACUACAUCUCCUACAUCAUUUUCGAGCUGCCCUCCAACUUGCUUCUUAAGCGCAUGACGCCCCGAGUCUUCCAGACCCGCAUAUGCUUCGGCUGGGGAGCAAUCCUUGCAUGCCAUGCCGCAGUCACCAACCGUCAAGGCCUGUACGCCGUGCGCUUCUUCCUCGGCGUCGCGGAAGCUGGACUGUUCCCAGCACUCAUGACGCACCUGUGUUCGUGGUACCGCGGGGACGAAAUGGGGAAGCCAAUCAUGUGGCUCUUUGGUAUUUUCAACCUCGCGGGUGUCCUAGGCUCGUUGUUGGUGUACGGGAUCUCUUACUUGGACGGAAAGCAUGGGCUAAGUUCCUGGCAGUGGACCUUCAUCAUUGAAGGCGUCCUGACCAUGGGCUUCGCAGGUGUCGUCUACUGCCUGUAUCCCGACUAUCCGCGCUCUGAACGCACCUCCAAGUGGCUCACACCCCGAGAGCAAGAAUUCGUCGAACUUCGGCUGACGGAGAACGCACCUCUGACGUCGGACAAGGCUUUCUCGGCCAAGGAGUCCAUCGAGACGUUGAAAGACCCGCGACUAUGGGCAUUCAUGUUUACGCAGGUUUGUAUGAACACUGGUGGUUUCGGACUCAGCUGGUUCCUGCCGACUAUCAUAACGAACCUGGGAUUUGUUGGCCUUCCGAGGAAUCUGCUGCUCAUUAUCCCAACUGCUGCUGGAGCGAUUUUCGCCAUCAUCUUCGCUGCGUAUAUCCUGAAGAAAGCCUGGAUACCAAGGCCCCUCUUCACUCUUUCCAUCAUAUUCUUGGAAACCGGUUGCUUCGCCAUCUUCCUGGGUACUCGUGCACGCGGUGGCAUAUAUGCUGCCUGCGUCCUAGGGACAAUGUUUUCCGCCGCCGAAGCAAUCCCUUUUUGGGCUUGGCGCACAUCCUCUCUCAAGGGAACAACCGGUACCGCGUUCGCCUUCGGCCUUCAGUCCGGCAUCGGCCAAUUAGGCGGUGUGAUCGGGCCCCAGAUCUUCCGGCAAAAGUACAAAGCCGAUGGCUACAAAGUGUCCUACGGGAUCUGCUUAGCGGCCAUCGCGGCUGGGUUCUUUGGGGGCUGCUGGUGUUGGUACAUAACACGUAAUCUUGAGACGGAUGUGAGGAGAGUUAGGAAGAAUAGGAUCAGGGCUGCGAAGGAGGGAGAGUUGUAUGUGAAAGAUGAUGUGAAGGCUUUUGAAGAGAGGGAGUUUUAUAAGAGAGGAGUACGUGGGGCAGAAGGGAGGGACGCGGACUUGGUUGCUGAAGUGUAG